AAAUAAAAGCCGCGGUAGCUGCGCCUCCUUGCGUGCAGUCCGCUAAAACUCAGGUUUGCUCAACGGUGCCAGUCGCGCCUCUUGCCCCUCUGUCUCGUCGCGCUCGCGGCGACUGCUGGAGCCCAUCACCAUCCUCCCCACGACGUGCUGCUCUGAACCCGCAGCUAUGUGCCGGACCCUGGCCGCCUUCCCCACCACCUGCCUGGAGAGAGCCAAAGAGUUCAAGACACGGCUGGGGAUCUUUCUUCACAAAUCAGAGCUGGGCUCUGAUACUGGCAGUGUUGGCAAGUUCGAGUGGAGUAGCAAACACGGCAAAGAGGGAAACUUCUCAGAAGAUGUGCUGGGGUGGAAAGAGUCAUUUGACUUGCUACUGAGCAGUAAAAAUGGAGUAGCCGCCUUCCACGCUUUCCUGAAGACGGAGUUCAGCGAGGAGAACCUGGAGUUCUGGCUGGCCUGUGAGGAGUUUAAGAAGCUCCGGUCGGCUGCCAAACUGGCCUCCCGGGCUCACAAGAUCUUUGAUGAAUUCAUCCGCAGUGAAGCCCCAAAAGAGGUGAACAUAGACCAUGAGACCAGGGAGCUGACCAGGACGAAUGUGCAGGCCGCCACAGCCACUUGCUUUGACGUGGCUCAGGGGAAGACCCGCACCCUGAUGGAGAAGGACUCGUAUCCGCGCUUCCUGAAGUCACCUGCUUACCGGGACCUGGCCGCCCAAGCCGCGGCCGCCUUGGCCUCUCCGUCCAGCUGCGGCCCGGUGGAGCCCUCACACACCUGAGCCUUGUGGCAGUGAGGAAGCCAGCCAGGAAGAGAGGUGGAGUCGCCCAUCCCUGAGGCAGGUUCUGCAAAGCAGGCCCGAGAGGACAGUGAAGGAAAAAGCCCGUCUGGCCGCCUGUUUUGGAAGCAGCGCCCUCUCCUCUAGAUACUGUGGGACUGAAUUCUGUGCAGGAGUGGGUCCCCCCACCCCCCGCUUCCAGGACCAGCGGAUAGGGCUGGAGAUGAGGGUUGUGUGGGGCUCUCCGGGAAAAGGAAAGGUGGUGGUGGAGUGAUCAUUGGCUCUUGUUCUCCACGGGGCAGGAAAUAUUCCAGCCUGGAUAAGGGGAACUUGUAAACGAGAGAGGGGAAGACCACUAGAUCUGCCUGUUGAACAGCUGACUCCGAUUGCAUCCUGUUUUCCUAGUUCCCAGGCUGUCCGGGACACAGAAGGGCGUUCCCAGUCUGUCCCCUUCACCUCUGGGCUGUCCGAGGGUCGCUUAGCUUGCCCUUCUUAACAUUCCCGUGUCCAGCCUCACAGUCUUAUUGAGGCUGGAGAACCAAUUUGAUGCUUUUCCCAAGCAAGAGUUUUGUACCUCAAAAACUGGCUUUUUGAGCCUCUUUGCAAGUCAGUAGAGAGCCUGGAAAAGGGGCCAUCUUGCGCCUGUGAAAUUAAUCUUGGUGCUCUUGGUGACCUUUGUAGGUGGUCCCUGACCCUGUGCCUGCGGCAAGGUCCGCCUGUGAGCAGGGCCUGUGGGGCCUCUUGCUGGGCUGUGCCCUCUCGUGGCUCCAUGCUGCCCUUGAACAUAGGGCCCAUGAGGAGGCAGGUGUGGGGCCCCACAGUGAGUGGCUAGCCCAGCUCUUGGGCCCAGCAGGGUGGAGCUAGGGAGAAAAGGGUCAUGAGAACUCUCUUGGCAGUUUCCAAAAGUUCCAUUGAAAUCAAGCCAGUAUUUUUUGUGGGUGUGAGAACAGGGAAAAAGAGCCGCCCUCAGUGGAAGGGGAGCCUCGUGUUUCUUUCCUGUGGAUGUGAGGUGCCCUUACCAGAGUGUGGGGGGAAGUCGGGCCUGGAACCGAGAUGGCCCUCGGAAGACUUUAGAAGCUGGGAGUGCAGCUGGGGGGAGAGACUGCUUGGAGGAGGCGGACUGGGAGAAAUCAGAACCUGCUCGUCACCUCAGGGCAACACCAAACACCUAUUUUGUGGUGAGACUUCUGCACGAGCCCGGGCCACGGAGGCAAAUGAACCUGGCAGCCCCGUUAUGCCCCAGGAAAAGCAACACUGUUCUCUCUGCGCUGUGAGCUCCUCCAGGAGAAAAUUAUUUAAGUAUAAUGUAUUGUUGGUUUUGUGACUAUUGUCAUAGCAUAUUAUUUUAUUACUGUUGUGUGGUUGCUGUUGUUAUUUAUUAUUAUUGUAAUUUCAGUUUGCCUCUGCUGGAGAAUCUCAGCAGGAACUGGCAGCCUGACUGUCUCCCUCUCCACCGUCAGACUCUACCUCUACGUGCUGGGAACCUCUUAGCGUGUCAGGGACUCCUCACUGGUUAAAUAUUUAUUUAUUGUUGACAAUGGAGCUGGUUUCCUAGAUAGGAAUGUGUACUCAAUCCCUGUUUCCCUGUUUUAACAUGUUAUAUUCUUGUAGAAUAAACAUAAAGCCCAGAUAUGA